GCAGCGGCGCAGCGGGCGCCGCCUGGGGGUGCCAGGCCAAGCAGAGGCCGCCGAGGCGGAGGCCCGCACGCGUAGCCAGUCCGGGGCGCUGCGGGAAGAUGGAGGCGGCGCGGCCCGCGGAGGAGGCCGAGGAGCCGCCCAAAGAGGCCCGAGUCGUCGGCUCCGAGCUGGUGGAGAACUACACGGUAUAUAUUAUUCAAGUCAGUGUUGGAAGUCAUCAGUGGACAGUCAAACAUCGUUACAGUGACUUCCAUGACCUACACGAAAAGCUUGUUUCAGAAAAGAAAAUAGAUAAAAACCUGUUGCCUCCCAAGAAAAUUAUUGGGAAAAAUUCUAAAACCUUGGUGGAAAAAAGACAGAAGGAAUUAGAAAUUUACCUGCAAACACUUCUGAUCAAGUUCCCUAUGGCUGCACCCAAAGUAUUAUCAUGCUUCUUACAUUUUCAUCUAUAUGAAAUCAACGGGAUCACAGCUGGAUUGGCUGAAGAGCUCUUUCACAGAGGAGAACAAUUGUUAAUGGCUGGGGAAGUCUUCAGCAUUAGACCAUUGCAGUUAUAUGCUAUCACGCAACAGCUGAGACAGGGGAAACCUACGUGUGCUAAUGGAGAUGCCAAAACAGAUCUAGGUCAUGUCCUAGAUUUCACAUGUAGGCUAAAAUAUUUAAAGGUGACUGGCACAGAGGGACCUUUUGGGAACAGCAACAUUCAUGAUAGUUUGUUACCUUUUGAUCUUUCAAUUUUUAAAUCUCUUCAUCAAAUAGAGAUAAGUCACUGUGGUGCAAAGCUUAUUAAAGGGCUGACUUCAUCAAAGCACACUCUAGCCACCAUGAGCGUUCGAUUUUCAGCAACAUCAAUGAAAGAAAUCCUAGUGCCUGAAGCUUCUGAAUUUGACCAUUGGGAGCCAGAGGGUGCACUUUCAAGUGGUCCAGUAACAGCCAUUAUUCCAACUUGGAGGUCUUUAACAACUUUAGAUAUGAGUCACAAUGGUAUCUCUCAGAUCGAUGAUUCAGUGAAACUAAUUCCGAAGAUUGAAUUUUUAGAUCUGAGUCACAAUGGUGUGUCACUGGUAGAAAAUUUACAGCAUCUCUACAACCUUGUUCAUCUGGACCUGUCCUACAACAAGCUUAUAUCAUUAGAAGGUGUUCAUAUAAAACUUGGAAACAUCAAAACUUUGAAUUUAGCAGGAAACCUCCUGGAAAGUCUAUGUGGUCUUAACAAACUAUACUCUCUCGUCAACUUGGAUCUUAGUAACAACAAAAUAGAACAGAUUGAUGAAAUAAGGAAUAUAGGAAGCCUUCCAUGCCUAGAGAAGGUGGUAUUAUCCAACAAUCCUUUGAGCAUCAUUCCUGAUUACAGGACCAAAGUACUAGCUCAGUUUGGGGACAGAGCCUCAGAGGUCUGUUUGGAUAAUGUUAUUACCACAGAAAAAGAACUUGAUACUGUAGAGGUGCUGAAAGCUAUACAAAAAGCAAAGGAGGCCAAAUACAAACUGAACAAUUCUGACAAAAAGAUCAGUGAGGACCACAGGCACAUUGCUGCCAGCUCCAAAACAAACUGUACUUCUUUUACUGUUCAUCCUUCCUCUCCUUCUCUGCCUCAUCCUGUCAACUCCAGCCAAGAAAUAACUUUCAGAGAAACAGCCCUAGCCAGCAGCUUGUUGCAGUCCAGUAGUUUGACUCCACCAGAACAUACAGUUCCCCAGAGAUGCUUUGAAAUACCAGACUCUAGAUUUAGAAGUCAGGCACCUACUUCUCUCUUGGACUCAUCCAAAGAAUAUGGAAAAGAUCAUCACAUGUGUUUGGACCAUUUAGAGGAGGAAUGUUAUGUGGUGCCUGACCCACAUAACACCAUCAUCCUGCCUUUUACUUGCAUGUCCUAUACCACCAACAACCAGGAUUUUAUCCAGCACCUUUCUGUCUUGAUAAGACAAGCAAUUCAGAAAUCACCCCAUUCCUCUACAAAAACAGAAAGCGAAGGGAAUCUUGUGAGUAAUUUCAGAACAACAGACACUGAAGAUGGCUAUUUUGAAAUGGGACUUCAUGGAAGAGACCAAACUUUUGAAUUUAGCACUACUUCAGAUUCUUCAGCUUUUGAUAGCACAGCAGCAGAAAGCACUGAUGUAGUAAAAAUUCUCUGGAAUUUUUGUAUUCAGGUUCAUAAAGGACUCAGGCAGUUUGCCUCUUGUUUGGUUUUGACUGAUAGUGUAAUAGCUGUGUUUGAGAUUCCUCAUCAUGGUUUGAAAGGACAUUGUCAGCAUAUCCCUUCUGCCUUGAAGCUAGCACUGUGUUUCCCAUAUACUGAUCUCUCAGAAUUUGGCUUUCUCAUGCCCGAAAUAUGUUUAACACUGAAACUGAAAAACAGUGACAACUGCCUGUUUAUCAUUUCAGACUCCCAAAAUCUUCAAGAUUUCUAUUCCUGCUUACAUACAUGUUGCUCUCAACACUGCAUGUCAAUGUUAUCAAGUUCCUCACUAUAUUGUAACAAAACAAGCCUGCAAGAAUUUGUCCACCAACUCAUGGGGUUUUAUCACAUUUCAUCAGAUGACACUGAGAUAAAAGGCUGCUUUCCAGCAUAUCUUGUUUACAGUAAUAAAACUGACGUUCUAAAAACCUUACGUCAACCAGACUUGGUAGGUGAUAACAAAGCGUGGUCUAAAUAUGUUUUGUGUUCUGCAUUUUAUUCCACGUUGUGUAAAAGUGCUGAACAGAGUCACUAUGUGUUCCAUCCUUGCUGGAUAUUUCUAACACCACAGCAUUUGCACAUAGUAAAGGUUGACUUCCAUGGACUUCCUGGUAAAUCCAUAAACUCUGAAGAUGCAAAAAAUGUAUUCAAACUGAGCAGGAUUCCACUAGCUUCAGUUGUGUUGCAUCCUACUGGUCAUUCCAUCCAGCAGAAAGGUUCAUUUUCAGAUGGACAUGUGUUGGAGUUACGUAUUGGAUACAGAUUUGUUACAGCAGUUUUUGUUCUACCUCAUGAGAAGUUCCAUUUUCUAAGAACCUACAGUCUCUUAAGAACACUUCUGCAGGAAAUUAAGACAAUAAUUAUUUUCAAAGCUUCAAACAUGUUGGAAUCUGUAAGGAAUCAUCUCUUAGAUUCAGACAACUAUAGCCAGAGAGCAAGUGUGCUACAGAUGUCUUCCACCCGCUGUGCUGUCACCUCUGGAUUCUUGAAUAACACUGCCAUUCCAGCUGCUUUGUUCCCAUGGGUCCUGUGAUGCACCAGGAUGGUCCCCAUCUCCACCUCUUCUCAAGGCAUUUAUAAAUCCUCUCCCCUGAUAUCCAACAUUCUUGUUAGGCAGAUUGUUUCCCUUUAUUUGGUUUUAACAUUGGUUUGAUCUGUUUCCAUCUUUUCCUUGUUAGUAUGCUCCUGAUAUUAAUUAGGGUUACUGUGCAUCUGGGUUUUCCAAGACAUGUCUUCUUUUUGUAUCCUUUGAUCUCUGUCCGGGGAAUUUUUUAAAAUCUGAACAAAUGUCUAGGAUUCUGCUCUGCUCUGCUCUGUUCUGCUGACGGGAGCUGGGGGAGAGUGAUUGGAGGCAGGGACACUAUGUGUGAGUGCACAUGCAAAUGCACAUGGCCGGCAGGCAUGCAGGCAGGGUGGUGGGAGCAGCUUUGGCAGCUGGAUGCAGGUAAGUAUAUGAGGGGACAGAAUUAGAGGGCCAGGGCUUGGGGACUGUCCAGGGAUUGUGUGUGGAAGGGUUGGGUGGGGGUUGGCAGUGCCUGGUGAUGGGGAAGUUGUCUGGACACCAGGGCUGUGGCAGGGCAGGAGAGCUGGGGGCAGGUGCCUGCCCAUCCAGUAGGGGAAGGUGGGGAUGCCCUUCAGGAGCAAUGGGGAGUUCUGUGUCCAGGCUGGUACCCAUGCUUGGAGGGGCAGAGCAUCCAGGAGAUGCUGCCCAAGAGAGAGGGACAGGCAUGGCCAGGCCACCUGGCACAGCAUGGGAACCCCAGCCCAGGGCAGCAGGUGCCACAAGUCUCCCCUCUUUCUCCCUCCACCCGGGCUGGGGCCAGACUCACUCUGCGACCACCUGAACAAAUCAAAGUAUCUGCACUAUGGCCCGGUUGGGAUAGGGACAGCUGGAGGCUCCCUCCAGUGGGGCUGUGGGGAGCCAGGGGCCUGCAGGUCAGGAGUGAGGCGCACUGGCAGGGCCAGGGGUUUGCAGGUUGAGAAUGAGGGUCAGCAUCAGGGAUGGGGUGGUGUGGUUUGGGAGUGAGGGGCACCAGCAUAACCCAUGGGGACGAGGCACUGUGGGUCUGGAGUGAGGGGCACUGGCAGGGCCAGGGGGCUGUGGGUUGGGAAUGAGGUGUCCACCCCCCCAACAGGUGUCCUUUUUUUGCAACUGAAAAUAUGGUAACCCUACAUUAAUAGAUGCUAUCCUAUCAUCAGUGUUGCCAUUGUGCUUGUUUUAAAGAGUGCUCCAGUCCCUUUAAGGUUCCUGGGCACUGCUACUCCCCUUGGUGAACUCUUUCCCCAUCUUCCCCCCCACCUCAAGCAAGCUGCCUGACUGCCUUUGCAUUCAGAAAGCCAGUGGUGACACAUAGGAGGUGCACGUGCACCCCCUGAGACUGCUGGUGCACCCCCUGACCGGCCGCGCUCGCUGCUUAGGCAAUGGGAGGAGGGGGGGCAGGCUGGAGCACCAGUGCCCCCCCUGCAAGUGCUGGCCAGUUUACAGCCAUUCCCAGAAGUGGCCACAGCCACUCCCAGAAGCGGCUGCAGCGAUCGCCUCAGUGGGAUUGACUGCAGGGGAGCCCCCCCGGUCAGCAAGACUGUGGGGGGGGGCGGCACUUGCCGCAAGCCUUCCAUUUUCCCACCUCCACCAGACUCUCCAGGCUGGAGCCCAGGGGAGUUAAUGGCAGGAAGCUGCUCUCUGGCUCAGAUUCAUUCUCCCAUUUUCAGGUUUCCUUUUCCUUAUGUUCUUUCCCUGUGUUGUCUUCCUUUUCCUCUGACUUAUGGGCUCUUUUAUUUGUUCCACCUCCAUUUCUUGUUCGAUUUCUUCUCUCUCCCACCCUUCUCCAUGUCUUGGUCUCUCUUGCUUCCCCCUCCUUUUCCUGUUUCUUCCUGAGCCCCCUCAAUUUUAGAUAUUACACUCCCCUUUAUCCUUUCCUCUCUCCUGCAGGGUCUCAUCCAACAUUUCUAGUUCACUCUCGCCCUCCUCUUCCCCUCACUGUCCCUUUUUGUUUCAUGCUGUUCCUCAGGGGGUUUGACUUUGUCUAGAUAGGCUUUGGAACACCUGCAGAAUAGGUGUCCCACCCCCCACAGCUACUGCAUUUUAGGGACUCCUGGCACUCUGCAGAUCUGUGUCCCUUCCUUUCACAGCUGCAACACACCAGGAGGAGACAGUGUGCCAACAGGUGCACCUCCUUGCCACAUUUGCUACAUUGCUUUGGUUGCCCAUGGUAUAUUAUAAAACCCCAGUGGAAUCCCAGUUGGAUCACAGCUGGGAGCUGCUGCACCCUACCUGCAUGCUUUCAACACAGCUUGUGCCCUCUGUGACCCUGUCCAAAAACUGUAUUUGUCCCACACCUUCUUUACAUAAAAGUUCAAGGCACAAGCAAACAUUGUUUUCUCUGCUGGGGCUCAGCCCACUGAAAUAUAUGAUAAUCAUGAGCCUUUUGGCUUUGGACUAAUGCCAUACAUAGUUUGUAGCAUAUAUAAGUAGGUACAGAAGUGUUGCAUAAAAGAGUGUUUAUGGAGUACCUGUGCUAAAACUAGCAGUAGUUUCAAAAAUGUAAUAUGUAUCAAUUCUGGAUGAAGUUAAGUCUAUGGGUACUAUAUGCAAAUUACUGCAGGCAUGUUUAUUUCAAGGUCACUGUUUUCAAAUUUGCCCUCACUUCCACAUGCUCAGGGAGAACAGGGUUUGAUGAUAAAAAGGGGGCAGGGGCUUCAAGGGGAAGAAGCUGGGGGGAGGAUAAUAAAUUUAUUUUCCCUGCUGUAGAAGUGGGAGGUGGACAAAUUCCAGGCCAGCUUCCAAUAAUUAAGAGUCUGUCCCUGAAAAAUUAUAAUGCAUUAUAAAUUUUCCUUAUAUUCAGGGUGAUCUUAUCUUUGAGGAAAUAUGGUAACUAAAUGGAGGCCCACUGCUAUGAAAAUCAUAAGAGUUUAUUCACAACUACUGAAUGAAAUGGAAAACAUUUAACAUUGCUUAGGAGGUGGGAGUUGGGACUGUUUCUGCUUAUCAGUUUGCAUGAUGAUUUUUGAUCUCUUAUGUCUCCUAGCUUUUGCAAGCCUCAUUUGACCCUGUCAUCUGUAUAUCCAUCUGAAUUCUUGAUGCAGAAAAUUACAGAAGAUAACCAAAUUC